UUGUGUCUCGGCUAGGGUUGUAAUUCGCCGCACUUCGCCACCAACGGAGUGUAUUUUGAAUAUCUCUCGGCUCAGAGUUAACUUCACGCCUAUAAAAAUGCUUGCCACAGCGCGGCGCACCAGUCGGCCACUUGUCAAAGCAGGGAUUCGCCACCAGUCAGUGAGCGAAGGAAAAACCUUGGGAAAAUCAAGAAUUCCCCUCAAUUUCUUCCCUAUUUGUCGCUCUUCUUGCACUUCCUCUUCUCGCUAUUGCUCAGUGCACAAACUGUGACUAUCGGUGUGGUGUUUGUCUAGUGAAAUUGUACAGGAAUCUAAUAGGAAAAGUCGACUCACCUUGCAUGAGUGUGAGUGGCGUGGAAAAUGAACUUGACCCGCACAAGUUAAAGUAUCUCUCUGAGGAGUCCCCAGUUUUUUUCCGCCUGCCAUUCCGCGAGCAUUUGCACCCGAACACCACCGCGGGGUGACAGUGUGGCGAGGCGGUUCACGCAGAGACAAAUGUUGAGUGUGCACCGGAAGAAAAAUUUGCGUGUCUAUUGUGUUUGCUGCCGUCUUAAUUUUCCCUGACGCGUCAAAGGAGCAGCUGAGUAGAAUUUUUUCACACCUCAUUUCAGUUUGACUUGUGUUUUAUUUUUUCACCUUCCUCUACCUGAUUUUCCCACUCGCUGAGAAGUGAUCGUGUGUUUGGUGUGUGACUCCACGGAGGGAGAUCGGGAGAGCCGUAAAGUGUCUUGUGAACCGUGAGGCAGGAGGGUCAAAAUGCGGUGGCUGCAGAAGGGCAACUCCACAGUGCUGUGGCUCUUCCUCUCCGCGCUCGUCCAGAUCACAGUGGAUGCCCUCGAGACGAGCGGUGAUCACAUCCAGGAGGACUUCGAGGGGCCCCAGCGCGCCCACACGCCCAGCCCGCCAUCCAAAUUCACUACUGCAGAGCCUGGCGGCACUCACAUGCCCCACAGCGCGCCCCCGCCACAUUUUGGGCCCGCGCCCGCAAAUCCAGCUGGCGCAGAAUCUCGCAGCUCAUACGCAAUGCUGAGCCAGGCAAUGUCAAAGGCUGUUAGCCAUGAGUUCAGCGGUAUUUCUGGAAGUGGUUCCCCCGAUGGAUCGUGUCAUGCUGAUGAUCUUGACUGCUUUGGUACUGUUCACGAUCGCCUGGAAAUGGAGGCUAUAAGAUCGCUGCAUCAGCAAUUGGACGAUGAUGACAAUGGGAAUAUUGACAUUGCCGAAUCUGAUGAUUUUCUGCGUGAAGAGCUUAAAUAUGACUCAGGAUAUGAGAAACGCCACAGAGCCUUUCACUACAAUGACGAUAUGCACAUCUCAGUGAAGGAACUCUGGGAAGCCUGGUUGCGAUCUGAAGUGCACAAUUGGACGGUGGAGCAGACGAGCGAAUGGCUGGCUCAAAGUGUACAAUUGCCACAAUAUGUGGAGUUGUUUAAGCACCAUAAAGUUGCUGGAGCUACAUUGCCGCGAUUGGCAGUGAAUAACAUGCACUACGUGGGCAAUGUUCUGGGUAUCAAAGAUCCAAUUCACAAACAGAAGAUCGCCUUAAAGGCGAUGGAUGUGGUUCUCUUUGGUCCGCCACGAGAGACUGGAACACGGUGGAAAGACUAUAUUCUUGUGACACUACUGUUGAGUGUGAUUUUUGGAUGUUGGUACGGAUAUCAGCAGAAUAAGAAUUCAAAGACUCAUCUACGUCGCAUGGCGAAAGAUAUGGAGGGAUUGCAGAAGGCUGAACAGGCUCUCCUUGAGAUGCAGAAGGAGCUGGAGCGUGCUCGCAUGGAGCAGGAGAAUGUGGCGACUGAGAAGAUGGAUCUUGAGCGACGUCUCAAGGAGACUCCGUCUCUCACAUCAUCGAGCUCGGACCUCGAAGUGCAGGCACUGAAGCAGGAGAUUGAGAUGCUUCGCACGGAGCUGUCGCGGGCAGAAAUUGAACUGGUGGAUCACUGUUGGUCACCACCGCAGGGUCUGCAGACGUGGCUGCAGCUCACGUACGAACUGGAGAAUAAGAAUCACCUGGUGAAGCGUCGCUCGGCGGAGAAGCAACUCCAGGCGGCCAGGGAGGCCUGCGAGAAGCUGAAGAGGAAGCGCACGAGCUUAGUGGGUGCUUUUGUAUCUACACACGGGAAGAGUAUCGAUGACGUUGACAGGAGUAUCGUUGAGGCGCGAAAUGCCCUUGGCGAGGUGACAAAUGAGCUCCAGGAGCGGAUGCACAGGUGGAAGCAGAUUGAACAGCUGCUCGGCUUUAGCAUUGUCAACAACAAUGGUCUGCCGUACCUCGAGAGUGUCCUCUAUGCGCGCAACGGUGGAAUAACCGCCAAGUCAGGAAGAGGACGCAUCACAAACAGUCAAGAUGAUUUGGAUGAUGAGUCCACACAAGGACGAAUGGACAACUUCGAUCGCAUGUUCGAUGAUUCUUCAGCGAGUGAGGAUGGCGAUACGAAUCCUCCUGUAAAUCCAGUAAAAUUCACUGUCGGUUCCGGAUCACCCACACCACAAUCAUCUGGCUUCAACUCCCUCCACAAUAUUAUUAAAAAUGCAGAUAGCUUGGCAUCGCUAGCGUCAUUUGAGGAGACAACGAAUCGACACUCUUGCGAGAGAAUCCUUCCGCGUGACUUACCGCGUGUGGGUAAAAAGUUGACGUCCGGACAGAUUCCACCACCGCCACCGCCGCCAACUUUCAUCACCGGAAAGGCUCCAAUGCCGCCGCCGAGGAGAAGCCUCAGCAGCUCCUUCAUUAAGAGGUCUCAAAGCACAGACAUGGUCCCCGUGGAGUCCCCAACAUCAACGAGCUCUCUUGUAUCGUCAAACAGCACCAUCACGUCCACAGUCAGCGAGCUCUCCUCCACAUCUCACGGCCAGCAGCAUCACGAGACCGACGAUGUCACGCCACCGUCCACGGACUCAUCAAUUGUUGAUGAUGAGUUCAAGAAGCGUCGACGAAAACUACAUUUCCCAUCGUUUGGGCGAAAGUCCACCAAGAAGUCCGCCUCUUUCACACACUAAUCACACCGCGAGUCUCCUGAGUUUGGAUUUUUCCGUGCGAAGCAACCCCUUCUGACUCUUCUUUCGGCCACUCUUGAGCGCCAUGCCCGCCGAGAUGUGUGUUGUGGAAGAGGAACACGCUAAUUGAUUGAGAUAGGGCAGAAGCGGUGUGGAAAAUAAUUGCAAUAAUGCACCCUCACGGAGGCGUGGGAGGUGUAGAACCAAUGUCAAUUACGGAAUGAUUUGAAGAUACAAUGUGAGAUAGAAGAGAGAGAAAAAUAACAGGAAAAGCAAAUUAAUGCGGAUUAUUGGAUGAUCACGCGCGAAAAAAUGUGAAUUCAUAAGCAACAGAUUUGAGAGGCAAUAAGGAAAAUCAAUUGUGGUAAUAUUGCAAAACAGAGUAAAUCAAUCAAGCAAAUGAUGAUCGGAAAUUGUCCGCAAGAGUAUUUUUUUACCUUUUAAUACGGAUUAAUUUGCAGAUGUGGUGAAAAGUUGAAGAGGCAAAAGAACACAAUAUAACAUGGAAAGUGAGAUGAAAAUACUUAAAAAAAUAUAUAAUUUAUGGGUAUAUAGUGAAUUUUUUUUAAGCUUUAAAGGGUAAAUAACAAUUUCACUUAAUCUUGUGUAGACCACUUAAUUUUAUUGUUCCCCAAAUUAGCGCAAAAGAUAGCCCAUUGAUAAGUGAAGCACGUGACUUUAUCUAAUCUUCACAAAAGUUUCUCUUUUGUGAUAUAAAAUCUGUGUAUAAGCUGCAAAGUCCCUCGAAGAGAAAAUAAAAUAUCCAUUCCCUGUUAUUUGCAACACUUUGAUAAAUUAUAUUCAACUUAUAGUGCAGAUUUAUAUAAUUUGUAUUGUGAAAAGGAGGCAGAAUGAGAGCUUUUUGUACGGGGAAAAAGAGCCACUCCAAAUUCAAUCGAAAUGACCUAACUUGCUUAAUUUUUUCGAUAAAUGCGACUUUUCUAAAAGACUUGCCAAAAUUUUGUAUACACGACAAAAAGAGAGAGAAAAAAAACAAAUAGGAUGUGAAAUUAUUAUGAAAUUGUAUAAACUUCCUCUCGUAGAUAGGAUAAUUUUUAUUGCAGGUAAAUUGAUAAAAGAAAUUGUUAUAUAGAGAAAUAUGGUGCUGCAAUUUUGUGAGAAACAAUGAAUAAAAAUAUUUGAGAAUUUCCUUAAAAAAAA